GAGAUGAGACACUGGUGUAUAUAUACCAUGUUGUAUGGUAAAUCAAGGUACGCUGAGUUAACAAAUAAAUACAAAAAUUACUAGUCUAUUUUGAGAUAUCUCUAAUAUUAAAACCAAUUGAGCUAGAUUUCGAGUUGGGGUCUCGUACAAUAUGAACCGUUCAGAGUGUGAGAACAACAAACUUACCGGCUAGUACAUUUUGCAUAUAAAAACAACUCGAUUGACAGCUACUUCAGUCUUGACUUACUCUCCUCAAAGGAUAUUACUGUCUUUAUUCUUGUAAAGAAUCGCAAAUUAUUUGACAAUCCGCAACAGUCCCACCAUGGCUACAGAAAGACUCAAUAAGUUUCGACAUGCUGUCCAGGCAGUUGGAUCGGAACAACUCCUCCCAAACGCUGUCGACCGAAUUGCAGAGACCAACCCAGGGAGAAUGUAUGCCGAAAUACCAUUUUCUAUAAGAACUUUCGAUGCAGGUUUUCGGUCAGUCUCAUAUGUCGACCUUGCAAACGCAGUAAACGGUAUGGCCUGGUGGAUCCAUCGUGCUCUUGGAUCCUCAAGCACCUGUGAGCCUAUUUGUUAUAUGGGACCUAACUACCUGUUACGAAAUGUUGUCUUGCUGGCCAAUUGCAAAGCAGGAUACUCGACUUUAAUGAUGACCCCUAGAUUUAAUGCUAUCGCUCAUGACAGUUUUAUCAAACAGUGCAAUUGCAAUAAAAUUAUAAUACCUCAGGGGCCUGAACCAGCUGAUAAGAGUAUAAUUGCCCUAUAUGACAAAGUUCUGCGAGCACCCACACUUGAAAAGCUAUUUUCGGAGAAUUUUCCACACUUCAAAUUUGAGAAGUCUUUCCAAGAGGUCAAGACUGAACCUUUGGUAAUACUUCAUACUUCUAGCACCACUGACUUUCCGAAACCAAUCAUCUGGACACAUGAAUAUGUUGCGAGCUAUGUGAAAGAAAGAAGACUUGAUCCCCCAAAAGGAUUCGAGAGCAUCGACAGGCUAAUGUUAGGAGGAAAAUUGAUCUGCUCUUUUCCUCCUGCUCAUGCUAGUCUCACAUGGGUUACCCUAAUUUUCACAGUCUACUGCGGUUCAAGAAUGGUUUUCCUAUUGUCGGGCACGCUACCAACUGUCAGCAUGCUCGUAGAAUGCGCCCGCCACAAGAAAGUCGAUGCUCUUAUUUUAGUUCCUCCCCAAAUAGAAGAGCUUGCCAUCGACUCUGAAGCUCUCCAGACCAUCUCACAGAAUGGUGAAACAAUGUUCUAUGCUGGAGGAGAUAUUACCAUUGCUGCUGGAGAUACCAUUUCCUCAAAAAUGAAGCUCAUCACAACUUGUGGAUCAACAGAGCAAGGGUUCUGGCAUACUAUCUAUCCUACUGGAACUUGGAAUCCAAAGAUCUGGAAAUAUAUGCGUGUUCAUCCAGCACAGAAACUGACAUUUCGCCACCAGUCCGAAGAUUUGUUCGAAGCAACAUACACCCUCAAUGAAAGUUCUGACGGAUACAAACAAUCAAUCUUCACUGUAUUUCCUGAGAACCCUGUAUAUCCCACAGGAGAUCUUUUCUCUCCACAUGUAGAUGAUCCUGAGCUUUGGCAGUUCCGCGGCCGAGCAGAUGACAUGCAAUCUUUCAUCACGUCCGAAAAGUUCCAUCCUACGCAAAUGGAGCGUAUCAUUGGAACGCAUCCAGGAGUUACUGCCGUUUUGUUUGUUGGAACACGACGUCCUAAGGGGGCUCUGCUCGUUGAGUUGCGAAACCCAUCCGAGGACAAGGAAGCUUUUCUUGAAUCAUUAUGGCCGCUUGUUGAGGAGGCGAAUAAACCCGUGCCUUACACUGCUAAAAUCACUAAAGACAUGAUCUUAAUCACAGACGAAGCACUUCCAAUGGCAAGAUCUGUUAAAGGCACCAUUGAAAGAAGAAGUACGGUGAGACUAUAUGAACAGAAACUUGACGUUUUGUACGCAGUUCACGCUUAGAGCACAUGGCCCUUACGGUAUAUAAAAACUUCACAAAAACCUCGACAUGAUGGUUUUCUUGUAGUUUUUAGAGUAUGCAGUUUAAACGUAGGCAUCAACAUUUCGAUUGAACAUACAUUUCAAAGCUACAAAUUUUGUAGCUUUAAACAAUAUGUGUAUUUAUCUGUGUAAAUUAAUUA